UAGACAGAUGAGUAAGCAGUUCGGGAUUGUUGCAGAGAUCGCUUCAGCAGCCGAGGAUUUUUUCUUCUUCUUCCUCCUCUUUAAUCACAUUUCCAUUUUCUGCCGGGGGAGUGAUUUCAGCCUGCAUUAACCCUCCACGCAGUUUUCCUUUUGUCACAGUGUGCGACCACCUGCGCUCUGCAACCGACUCAAGGCGGCGGCUGUCCAGCAGAAGAAAGAGAGACAAGGCGACAAGGCUGAAGAACAAGAGCGACUCGCAGCAUCUGUGCAGGAGGGAGGAAAAAAAAUGUCAACCGCCGGGGAAGUGUCACCUUUUUUCCACAGCGUGGGCUCUGACAGCCCCUCCAGGCCCAGGCAGAAAUUCUGUGGCGUGUUCUGCCCGGUGGAGGGCUCCUCGGAUGCGAAGACGCUGGACUUUGACGCGCUGUCAGCGUGCAGAGGCAGGAGCGCCGGCGGCAGAGUCAUUGACCGGCAGAGCGACAUCUCCCAGCCCAGGAAGGUUGAGAUCAGGGAAAGCACGGGCAAGGAGGCGCUCCAGAACCUGGAUGAUAAACGGAGUGACCGUCUCUUGAUCAAAGGAGCGAAGAUUGUGAACGAUGACCAGUCCUUCUGUGCGGACAUCUACAUGGAGGAUGGAGUCAUUAAACAAAUCGGAGAAAACCUCAUCGUUCCCGGCGGGGUGAAAACCAUCGACGCCCACGGUCGCAUGCUGAUGCCGGGGGGCAUCGACGUGCACACGCGUUUCCAGAUGCCCGACCGGGGCAUGACGUCGGCCGAUGACUUCUACCAGGGCACCAAGGCGGCGCUGGCCGGCGGCACCACGAUGAUCAUUGAUCACGUGGUCCCAGAGCCCGGCGUCAGCCUCAUGUCCGCCUUCGAGCAGUGGCGCGAGUGGGCCGACAGCAAGUCCUGCUGCGACUACUCGCUGCACAUCGACAUCACCGAGUGGCACCGGGGAAUCCAGGAGGAGAUGGAGACGCUGGUGAAGGAUCACGGUGUCAACUCUUUCCUGGUCUACCUGGCCUAUAAGGAUAUUUUCCAGCUUACUGAUGCUCAGGUGUACGAGGUGUUCAGCGUGAUCCGCGACCUGGGAGCCAUCGCCCAGGUUCACGCCGAGAAUGGCGACAUCGUUGCGGAGGAGCAGAGGCGGAUCUUGGAGCAGGGGAUCACCGGGCCUGAAGGACACGUGUUGAGCCACCCAGAGGAGGUGGAGGCAGAAGCGGUUAACCGUGCUGUUACUGUGGCCAAUCAGACGAACUGCCCCCUGUAUGUGACCAAGGUGAUGAGCAAGAGCGCUGCUGAUGUCAUCGCUCAGGCAAGGAAGAAGGGUACCGUGGUCUACGGUGAGCCAAUCACUGCUAGCCUGGGUACAGAUGGUUCACACUACUGGAGCAAGAACUGGGCCAAGGCUGCCGCCUACGUCACGUCCCCUCCGCUGAGUCCUGACCCGGCCACUCCGGACUAUCUCAACUCCCUGCUGUCCUGUGGUGACCUUCAAGUGACAGGAAGUGCUCACUGUCCCUUCAACACUGCCCAGCGUGCUGUUGGGAAAGACGACUUCACUUUGAUUCCUGAGGGUGUCAAUGGCACAGAGGAGAGGAUGUCUAUCAUCUGGGACAAGUGUGUGGUGACUGGUAAAAUGGAUGAAAACCAGUUUGUGGCCGUGACCAGCACCAACGCAGCCAAGAUUUUCAACCUGUACCCCCGCAAGGGCCGCAUCGCUGUGGGUUCGGAUGCGGACCUCGUGCUCUGGGACCCAGAUGUCACAAAGAUCAUCUCUGCCAAGAGCCACAACUCUGCCGUAGAGUACAACAUCUUUGAAGGCCUAGAGGUGCGCGGUGGCCCUCUGGUGGUUAUCAGUCAAGGUAAGAUUGUCUUGGAGGAGGGAGCCCUCCAUGCCACUGAGGGCUCGGGACGUUUCGUCGCCCGCAAACCUUUCCCUGACUACGUCUACAAGAGGAUAAAGGCUCGCAGCAGGCUGGCUGAGCUGAGGGGUGUACCCAGGGGACUGUAUGACGGUCCAGUCUGCGAGGUGUCCGUCACUCCUAAAACCAUGACGCCUGUCUCUUCUGCCAAGACCUCACCUGCCAAACAACCCAACCAGCCUGUCCGCAACCUGCACCAGUCUGGCUUCAGCCUGUCUGGUGCUCAGAUUGAUGACAACAUUCCCCGUCGGAACACCCAGCGCAUUGUGGCGCCCCCAGGUGGCAGGGCCAACAUCACCAGCCUGGGUUAAAUGUCCACCACCAAACCCCCACCCUUUCACCCUGCUGAGGAGGAAAUUAGUCUAAGGAUGGCGUUAAGCCGGUGAGAUCCAGCUGAGAAGAGAUGCCAUAACACCCGAAGCCGAACCCUUCACAGCACCUCGGCCACCCGCUUGUUCAGCGUUGAUCCCGACACUUCCUCCUUUGCAGAUUUUCUCACCUACCAACUUUCCUGUUUUCCCCAACCUCUAUUGGACACAGUUAGAAAUAAAUAGAAAACAAACUAAAGGAAGAAAGAGAAAAAAAAUAACACUGCUUUUUGAGCACUUUUGACUGCAUUAUUUAGUUGUUUUUUUAUAUAUAUAUUGUACUUUCUUUAUUCCAUUUGUCCUUUUUAUUUUUUUUGCUUUGCUGUUUUUGUUGAGCAUUCAGGUGAGUCAGUUCAGACAAAAUAAGGUAACGUUUAUGCACGAUGCAGCAUUUUAGUUGAUGAUUUUAUUUUGGUUUGAGCUAAAAUGGAGACUGGGUACCAAAUUUAACAGUUUUAACAGUGUUGCAGCCAGGUCAACAAUCUUCAUUCUUUUGAUAAUUGACAAUGAAGGCUGACUUAGGAGUUAAAAUAAUGAAAGACUUUUUUUUUCUAUUUUUGUUCAUUUGUUUCUAUCACGGUGUAUCUAAUAUUUUUCCACCUGUGACUUUGCCAAAGUAAGUCAUGCGAUGGUUGGAAAAAGCUUUGUGCUUCAUCUCUCAUCUUAGGGUCGUACUUGCAUUGCAGAAUUGGUGGUUGAGAGUUGUGGUUCAUUAAGAAAGUUUUACUCUGUCAAACCUUGUCUUUCCAUGCCUUAUUAUCUCUUAAUCUGUCAAGGCCAGGAAGUGACUGAUUUCCCUCCUUGUUUGCAUUCCUGAGUCACAAAGGUCCAAUUUUCUCAUUUGACCGCUGCAGAAGUCACUCACAGCCGUCCUUCACCAACCAACUGCUGCUUUUGCAAACAAACUGUUUUCUACUCAUCAAAAUCUUUCCUUCAUUUCCACUUUUUAUGUGCCUGAACCAACAGAAGUUGUACUGAUAUUUUUGAUUUUAUUCUUUGUUUAUUUGUUGUUGAGGUAAGUGAAGGAUGUAAGAUAAAAAGAUGUAAAAUAGCCAGGAUUAACCGAUUCAAAGGUGCCAGAUUUUUGUGCUUUCAUAGGGCCUAUUCAGCUCAAUUGAGCCCUCCGUAAAGGCAAAAAAGAUCAAUAUCUUGAAAUGUUCUAAUGUUUUAGAGUUUUUACCUUGUUGUCAAACUGCUUUUUAGUGUUAUUCUGUAACUAGGUGCCUAAGGGCUGAGCACUAUUGAUUUACGCUUGAACGUAGACAUGAGCUAAUGUAGUUCUGACUGAUAUCUUGUAUCGAUGUGAGUGAGGAAUGGGACACCUACAUGAGGCGCCUGCUACAAAAAUGUUUCUGUAAAGGAUUAAAUAAGUGUUAAAAUUGCAUUUUUUGCAGAGCCAUAGCAGAUAUGAGAAUCAGCGAUCAUGCAGUUGCUACAUUUUCAAUUGUAAUUUUCUCCCUAGGGUUAUCUAUGGGAAAUUUGACAUGUGGUUCAUUAAAGGAGUUGUACAGAAACUGAAUAAUAAAAGCCUGAGAUCAAUGAGUUUAACGCUGGCAUAGACUAACUGCAACUAAUUUGCAUUGGUUAAACAUUCGCUAUAUUAGCAUGAUGAGCACCAAUGAUACUGUGUUAAUGCUAACAUCCACAACAGUAAUUGAACACAGUUAUUAGCUGGCUUUUUGCUAAUGCCAGCAUCAUGCUAAUUCUAAUAUUAGGCCAUGAGCAAUUAUAUGCUAUUGUUAGCAUAGUAAUAGCUAAUAUUUGCAUGUUAACAUUGGCAUUCACUGAAAAAGAAAUUGCUUAUUACUGGUAUGCUAACUGUAGCAUGCUAGCAUCUACAUGUUAUAAUUAGGACCAGCUAAUUAUACUCUCUAGACAUUAGAAUGCUAACAACUGACCUUAGCGUGCCAAUGUUCUAAGCUAACAAUUAUCAUUUUCAGACACCAAAGCACAAGCUGCUUCUGCAUUAGUCAUCAUGGAAUACUGACUUCAUCCUGAUUAAAACACAACCUGGAGUUAAUUCUUUAAUUAAAAGGUUUUUGAAAAAUCUUUAUUUACAACGUUAUUUUAAGCCCUCGUCCAAGUUUCUGUUUGCGCUACCAUGGUAGUUGCUAAUUCGAGCCCGAUUAAUAAUGCUAACAUCCAUAAUUAUAUUGAAUUAUGGGUAAUUUAGUCAGUCCAACAUUUAGUCAACGUUGGAUGCUAACUGCUGGUGAAACACAUGGUGGAAUGCUAGCGCUAAUAUCCAUGGGAAAACUUUGCCUCCAGCCAAUUAGAAGUAUGUUGUUACCAUAGCAACAGUAUCAUGCUAACACAAUAUGCUAACAGGCUGAUUUAGCCACAGCGAAUUAUAGUAUCUAGAUGCUGGAUUUGAGAGGUUUAUGGAAAAAUUGGUUGAAAAAAUAACAUUGAAAUUGAUAAAUGACAGUAUAAAAUGAUAGCCGUGUUGCCUCUAAAUUAUACACUAGAACAUCGUUCGUCUAAUCAACAACAAGUAUAUUAAGCGAAUGAGUAAACUUUUUAAUAAGGACCCAGAGGACCAAUCACCAUCUUAGCUGAUGAAACACAAUCUGGGGUGGCACAAUCUAAGCUUUUCACUUAAAAUAUAUUCUCAAAUCCAAAGAUUUUAUAUGGGAGACCACAAUUACUUAAUGGCUUUAGCUAUAAUGCUAGUCUUUGUUCAUCUGGCAUGUGAAUAGUUUUACACAAGAAUGCACUGCUCUCUUGUGCACUUUUGGAAUCAGUGGCAUAAAGCAUUAUCCUAUUUGCAGUGACUGGAAAUCUUUAGAAAGCCCACUGUUUUUCAAGAUUUAUUAUCCAAUCCAGUUUGUUUAAAGGCACAGCCACACACUUUGGCAACAACCCUCCCUUUCACCCGCUUCAUCUGAACUUUUUUGUGUCUUCACUCUUUGGUUGGCUCUGGAUGUUGUGUUGGCGACAAACCUCUAGUCUCAUUCAGUGUUUGGCCGUUUGUCAUGGCAACUCGGUGCUAUUGUAGAAAACUGUGCUGGCAUAUUUUUUCAAUUAUCCUGCGGCGUGGACUCCAGACUCUGCUGAACCUCUAAACCAUCAGAAAAGAAUUAUGUUAGAAAUGCAUAGAAGAAUUUACUUUGAUGCAAAAAAAAAAAAAGUCAACCGUCACUAUGGGUGUCCUCAGUGUGUCUCAUGCCUCCUCCGUCUACACACACAGUUUUACUCUUUUUAUGCUCUGUCAGCUUGAAUGCUUUCUUUCUAUGCCAUAUUAUGCUAAUGAUAUAUGAGUGACAUGUAUGUACCCAACAUGCUGCAGACUGGCAGGUUCUUCCUUCUGUUCUGAGGUUGUUGAUGCUGUUGAACACCACCUUUCCCCCCCUGAGGCCCGUAGUCACCCCACACCUCCUCCUCUGUAAGCUCUUCCCCCUACUUUUUGUGAAAGUGAAACUGUGUGAUGGUGUUUGUCCUGGUGGCUGUGGGGUUUCUGGGAUGCUUGCUUGUAAUGACAAAAAGAUCAUGUGGACAGCGAUGUAAAAAAAUUAAAAUAAACGAAACAAGGACUUCAAAAUA